UGUUGCUGCUGUCCCUGCCGAGGCUCCAGUGCCUCUGCUGUCGAGCUGCAUGCAGCCGCGUGUUGGUGUGAGCAGAGAGGAAGACUCGGCUGCUGCCGCCUGCUUACUGAGAACCAGACGCCAGUCCAGCCCAGCCACGAGCCUGCUGACUGACUGUCUGACGAGCUGGGUCCUCACUAAACAACUGAGCAGGGAUGUUACACGGACCGUAGUUAGAACAGCAAUGACCAGAGGUCAGAGAUGGUGCUCUUUGUUGCAGACCUGCUGAGAAAUCUUGUGUCAUCUCUGAGUCAUGAGCAGUAGUUAGUUGCUGUGACAGACAGUCACCAUCCAUCUUUUGUUUUUGUAUUUAGCCAUUCAAAGUGACAUAUUCAAUAUUUGGAUCUUCUCAGCAAUAUUCAGCAGGCUGUGUGAAAGCCAUGACCCCCGGCUCCAGCUAAGCGUUUGAAAAAACCUGCUCAGUUGAACAUUAUCAUCUUUCCAGUUCUUUACCUCCGCCAAUACUCAUGUGGCCUCAGUUAUUUCAACUUUCCAACUCCUGUGUGUUCACAAGGUGCUUGUUAUAAAGAGGCAGAAAUGACAUCCCAAAAACUAUUCACCUCAGUCUUUUUUCACAACUUCAUCCAAGGAUAACCAUCAAUCCCCUUAGCGGCACUCGUGGACCGGCACACUCCCAGACACAGAGCCCCGCCGCUGGCCUCAGGCAGUAUGGGAGACGGGAGCUGGGUAUGUCUGAGCCCAGCUGAGUUUGCCCAGCUGCAACAAUACAGCGAGUACUCCUCGAAGAAGUUGAAGGACGUGCUGGAGGAGUUUCACGGUGAAGGAGUCCUUUCCAAAUACAACCCAGAGCAGCCCAUUGAUUAUGAGGGCUUCCAGCUCUUCAUGGCAACUUACCUGGAGAAUGACAUCCCAGAGGAGCUGUGUCAGCACCUCUUCACCUCCUUCAAGAGCAAGACGGGAGGCUGCUCUCCCGAUCAGUCUCGCGCAGGAGCGAGCUUGCUGGGGAUGAACGGGAAGAGUAUCCUGUCUGCAAUGGGCCGACACACACCGGAGCACUCCACCGUGAUGAGCACAGCAGGCUCGGGAGCCACCACCUCGCCUUGCUCAUCUCGCUCCUCCUCUCAGCGCUCAGGGACGGGGGCCCAUACACCUGGGGGCCCCCACCGAUCACCCUGCACCCAAGUCAAAACCUCAGAGGGCAGCAGCAAUGCCCUGACCCCGAACGCUGGUCCUGCCAGGUCACCAGUGUCCCCCAAACUUUCACCAGAGAGGAGCCACUCUGAGAAGCAUUUGUCACUGCGGAGGAGCCCGUCGCCACAGAUAGGCUCCUCUCUGCCGUCGCCCCAGGUGGUCUUUCUCAAGGACAUCGUUUGCUACCUGUCCCUGCUAGAGAGGGGGACACCGGAGGACAAGCUGGAGUUCAUGUUCCGGCUGUACGACACAGACGGCAACGGGGUCCUGGACAGCUCGGAGCUGGAUCGCAUCAUCAAUCAGAUGGUGCACGUGGCAGAGUAUCUGGAGUGGGAUUCAACAGAACUGCGGCCGAUACUGAAGGAGAUGAUGGAAGAGAUCGACUACGACAGAGAUGGAACAGUCACACUGGAGGAGUGGAUCAGGGGAGGCCUGACCACCAUCCCUUUACUGGUCCUGCUGGGAAUGGAUACGAAUGUACAGGAAGAUGGGCAGCAUGUUUGGCGUCUGAAGCACUUCAACAAACCGGCCUACUGUAACUACUGCCACACCAUGCUGCUCGGCGUUCGCAAGCAGGGCCUCUGCUGCUCCAUAUGCAAGUACACAGUACAUGAACGGUGUGUGUCCAAAGACAUUGCUGCCUGCAUCAGCACCUACGCCAAGUCACGUAGACACACCAACGCUAUGCAGCAUGUAUGGAUGGAGGGUAACUCUCCUACCAAGUGCGACCGCUGUCACAGAAGCAUCAAGUGCUACCAGGGCCUAACAGGCUUGCACUGUGUCUGGUGUCAGAUCACUCUCCAUAAUAAAUGUGCAUCUAAUGUGAAACCAGAGUGUGAUGGAGGAGCCUUGAGGGACCACACUCUGUUACCCUCGUACAUCUGUCCUGUUGUCUUGGACCGUCAUUCUGUGGUGAAGCGUGGUGAGGGGGAGUCGCCACCUAGCACCAGCCCUGAUGACACCAAUCAGACCUUCAAAUUCUCCCCUGGAGACGGACAAGCACUGCAGAUCACCCCUCUUCCAGGUACUCACCCCCUCCUGGUCAUGGUCAAUCCCAAGAGUGGAGGGAGACAGGGGGAGCGAGUACUGCGGAAGUUCAGGUACCUACUGAACCCCAGGCAGGUGUACAGUUUGGAGCGAGGGGGACCAAUGGUAGGGCUCAACUUUUUCCAUGAUGUCCCUGAUUUCCGGGUGCUUGCUUGUGGAGGUGAUGGCACUGUGGGUUGGAUCCUGGACUGUAUAGAUAAGGCUAACUUUGCAAGGCACCCCCCAGUGGCCAUCCUGCCUCUGGGCACAGGGAACGACCUGGCACGCUGCUUACGCUGGGGAGGAGGUUAUGAGGGUGGCAGCUUAAUGAAGUUCCUUCGGGACAUUGAACACAGCACAGAGGUGGUGCUGGACCGUUGGAACAUAGACAUAGUCCCUGAUGACAAGGAAGAGAAGGGAGACCCUGUCCCCUACAGCAUCGUCAACAACUACUUCUCUAUUGGAGUGGAUGCCUCCAUUGCCCAUCGCUUUCAUCUGAUGCGGGAAAAGCACCCUGAGAAGUUCAACAGCAGAAUGAAGAACAAGCUCUGGUACUUUGAGUUUGGCACCACUGAGACCAUAUCUGCCACCUGCAAGAAACUCAAUGAAUGCAUAGAAGUCGAGUGUGAUGGGAUCAUCUUGGACCUCAGCAACACCUCCUUAGAAGGCAUCGCUGUGCUCAACAUUCCCAGCAUGCAUGGCGGGUCCAACUUGUGGGGCGAGUCGAAGAAGAGGAGGAACUACAACCGCAUGAGCAAGAAGGUCCCUGACAGGAUGCACGCCAGCACCGUCACAGAUGCUAAAGAGCUCAAAUUCUGCGUGCAAGACUUCAGUGACCAGCUGUUGGAGGUGGUUGGCUUGGAAGGGGCAAUAGAGAUGGGACAGAUCUACACUGGGCUGAAGAGUGCAGGCCGCAGACUGGCUCAGUGUGCCAGCGUCACCAUCAGGACAUCCCGACGGUUACCCAUGCAGAUCGAUGGCGAGCCCUGGAUGCAACCCCCCUGCACGAUCAGGAUCACGCACAAGAACCAGGUCCCCAUUUUACUGGGCCCACCUCAGAAGACACCAUUCUUUUUCUUCAAGAAACGCAACCGGAGCCGCGACUAGGACACAUGCAUGCACACACAAACACAAAAACACACACAUGUACAGUAUAUAUAUGCACACACACGCCACCCACCAUAUAGGCAGCUCCGUCAAAUGACUGGUGCACUGUUCCCAGGUUGGAGUUUGAAAGUGGGAAGCUCAUUAACAGGAUCAUAUUAACAAGUGGGACCUUCCUAAAGUCUGGAUGCCUACAGACAAUUCAUCUGCAGAGGAACCUGCAAUGACCGCACCUGAAAUGAAAAGACUGUCAGUAUACAGUACCGACCUAUUCCUGUGUCACCAUCACCCUCUGGUUGUGUCUCCAAACCUCCGUCCCAGCCAUGAUUUAGUCGCAGCCACUUGCAACGGCCAAGUCUCUCAGCCUAAAAAACUCAGCCAUAUGCCAGUACUGCACUGCCUGCUAAACACAACUCUGGCUGCUGGGAAUUCCUCACAGCCCUUGAAAUGAAGUAAAGGAAGAGAUAGUGAAGGGGAGGAGGGCUAGAAGAAAGAGCUCCAACACACUACAGUGAGAAAGAGAAGAAGGUUGAGUGAGAGUAGUGUGGCAGUAAUCAUGGCUGUUUACAAGGGCAGUUAGUAAAUAGAGUAAGAUCCACCUCUUCGUUAAAACACUCAUAUGAAUAAUGAAACAGUGGCUGCGUGUAAGAGCGCUUGCUGCAGGGCCUCCCCACAGACUGACAGCAUGGCACAGUCCAGAGGAGCAGAGUGCUGGUGGAAAAGCCUCAUCCAUUAUUGACUUGUGGGUUGAUGGUACUGGGGCGUAACGGUGGCCUGGAACGGGUGGAAACAUGCAGGGAUUGUAGCCUUAGCAUCACUGGCCCACAAAACAAUAUCCUUUAAACCAUACUUACAGACGGUGUGGAUGAUCUGGCUGUAGACCUCAGGCAGAGGACGUACUUGUCCACUUGUGCACAGUUAUCUCUAAAUUGGCCAAAGUUUAAAUUGAAAGUAGAGUUUGGAGACAUUGCAGUUAAUCUUUGCUCAGAACUUACUUGUCCUCUGUGGCACCCUUACCAUCCAAAUCAAACCGAAUCAGCAGCAGCUCCUGUGCCAUGUGCCACAGGACACUUCUAGUGGGUCAAGGAUUGAAAUAAAUCCCCUCAAGGGUAUAACAGCAGGGCCCCCAGGGUUUUUAUUUACCAGAGCAUUGACAGGGGCACUAAAUUUAUCCCUCUAUUUCAGGGAGGGUCCAUCUCUCCUCCAGUGAAACCCUACGCCUAAUUACCGUGUCAAACAUCAACUCACAAUGUCAAGUGUGCUGUUAGAGCUCAAAUCCCAGAGCCCACACCUCCUGAAAGUGCUGGGUGGCGUUAAUACAUUCAUGAUUUGUUUAACUAGACCAAAUAAAGAUGUGAUGGUUAUGGAGAAAUCGACAGAAGUGGAUGAAUUAUGUUUUCACCAGAGAAGAUGGAAGAUGACAUCCAGAGACCAGGGAGCUUAGUCCAGUGUUUAUAAAGAAUGUACCCAUAUUACUGUACCCACAAUAUGGCAAGUUAUAUUAUACAGUAUGUGCAGAAAGAGUAUAUGUAUAUUUCAGAAACGUAGGCAUCGCUCACUUAUACUGUACACACGAAUGUGUUUUUAAUAUAUCAUUGUUAUUCAUGUGGAAAUGUUAGCAUAGAGGGGCUCACAUCAGUAUUCUUUACUGUACAGAGCUGCUACACUCGCUCUCUGGAGGCAGUUUUCCACUUUGUCUCAUUCAGAUUGUUUUAGACUUGAAUUUAGUGUCGUAUCAUUUUCUCUCUCUCAACUUGGCUUGCUCUUAGAAGAAACAAAGGAACAGCAAAUACAUCAAAAUUACAGACUGGGUGACAAAAUAAUCUCAUGGUUCACAGACUAGCUUUUUCAGAGCUUUGUCCAUGGUCUGAAUGGAGCCAUCUCAAGUGCUUGUCCCGCGUGUCGGUUAAAAGUAGAACUAGACCAAUAAUAGAACUUACAGAUACAUCGCGUUAGUGAAUAUGUUGCCUGAAAAGACUUUGAAUUUGCAGUACAGAAAUAAAUGUGCAGAAAACUGUAAUUUUUAGGCAGUUUAACAAAACAAAGAGACUGCUAGUAGCUCUAGUAUAGCUGAGUAUAGUUGUGCUUUGUUUACCAUGUUUUCUAUGUUAGUUUAGCAUGUCAGCAUGUCAAUGUUUGCUAAUUAGCACUAAACACGAUGGCAGGGGAAUGUCAUUAGUUUUUCAAGUAUUUGUAUCACAGUAGUCUUGCAUAGCCAGACAAACUCCACAGUCUGGUGAAUCCAUUAUGCUUCUGAUAUAGAGGAAAAACACUCUGGCUUGUUUGUAUUUCUUUAAACCAAGCACAAUCAUCACACCAUGCAGAGCCCAGGGUGUAUGAUCAUUUAGGUUUUUACAAUUUGUCCAGAGAGGACCAUCAAUGUCUGUACCCAACUUUAUAAAUUUCAUUCAAAGCCAUGAAUCUGAAACUCACGAAGGCGCUAGAGGAGGAUCAACAAAAUCAGUAGAAUUUUCAUUUUGUGACCAUGAAUGUCUGUACAAACUUUCAAGGCAAUGCAUCCAAUAAUUGUUGAGAUAUUCAGUCAGUCGAAGUGGAGUGACUAACAAACUGAAAAAUCCCUAGAGCCACGUGUGGCUAAAACAGUGUCUCCAUUACAGAGUUAGUGCUCCAAAAUCAUCUUUCAACUGUAACAUGAACAGAUAUAUCUGAUUUCUGUAACUCUCUAAGAUUGAUUUCAGCCCCAGAAAAAGGUUGCAGGUAGACCUGUACAGACCUUGAGCUGAGAUUAUUUUGUCACACACACACUUACUUGCAUAAAUUCUGAUGUCAGUCCAAGCUGACUUGUGCACACUGGCAUCUUCAGCGUGUCAAACUCAAAGAGAAUGUAAAUGUAUGAAUGAUCUGUAUGUGAUGUGAGUUAGACCUCUGUGGAAAACAGCACCCUGCUGAAAUGUGAGUGUUUACACUGCAGGGCAGGGGUAGAUGUUCUGAUGGUACAAACUGAGCUCCACUCUUGGGUCAGGCUUUGAUGCCUUUAGACCCCGGUUCCCUUUAAAAUACACUGAGUCGUCACUCUGGCACCCAGGCCCCAUCAAAACAGACCAUCCUCUGUGUAUCCUCAUACGCUGUAGAUAUUUACCACGCUGGAUUUUGGGUCCCUCCGAACAGCAGGAACAUCAGCUAGGAGGUUAGUCAUGUGUCACUUUAAUCCAACUCAGUGGUUUAUGUUUAAAUAUACACCAACUAAAAGCCAUGUAACAUACCUGACAUAACCUUAAUACUGCAGCAACACCGUGGGAAUGUCACAAGAUAAGAAAUACAGCACAUCAUUACCUUUUUCUCUUUAACUUGUAGUUGUCUUUAUUGGAGCCUGGGUGCCAACAGAACUCAGUGGGAUACGUGUGCAUGUUUACAGUUACUUUACAUUUAUUGAAAGAAUGGUUUUAGACAGCUGUAUUACCAAGUGUAUAUAUUUGUUUAUAAUAUUUUAUCUGAAGUUAACUUACAUCACCGCAUGCCUGCUGAAACAAAAGGAGAGUGAACAAAAAGGAGAGUGUGGAUCAGACUAUUCAAACUUAUUUCUUGGCUUAAAAAGAAUAUUAUCCAACAUAUUUAUUUGUUGUGGUUUUCAUUUUUUGGCAGCAUGUUUAUGAUUGUGUGCAAGAAAAGGCAGGGAAGAAGCUCAUUACAUUAAAAAAAA